CUCGCAGCUUUACGCCCAAAUUAAAACGUGAUUCUGAGUGGCGAAGGACAAUUUAAAGAAGAGAAGCUUAAUGAUAAGCUGAAUCGAAGGAUGCCAUGCGGAAGGCUGACAACUCUAGCAGAGAGGUCAAGAUUGCGUGCUCAGUUUACCGCAUUGACAUCGAUGACAAUGAAGACCAGACUAGAAAUAACAAAGAGAGUAAGGAGACGGAGAAAGAAGAAAAGACUUGUUUCAACUCUUUGGUUCAACUCAACGCUAAAUCAUUGAAAAUUGGACACACGUCUCUUGAAAUAAAAGAUAAAGACAUUAAACUGAGCCGACUAGCUCUUCCACUUGACAAUAAAGUAUCAAAAAAUAAUGGAGAUUCUGAAGUAUCGACACUUCAAGUUCCGGAUUUCGAAGAAUUUUCAGUUCGUGAGCCCACUUCUGAGCUUCCGAUUUCUUCAAAAAAUUCAGCUACGACGGAAUGCCCGUCAGAUAAUUUGAAUAUGAACAGUCAAGUGGAACAAGAGGAUUGCGAAGCUAUGAUAGGAAUUAGAAAUAAUAAGCGAAAAUCUAGCAUCACUAAUAUGGCCAUUAGUUCCAGUAUCGCAACGAGUCUUAUCGGCGUUUCUUCCCAAGUGCCCCGUAAUUUUAUAACUAAAGACCCUGAAAGACAAUUUCACAGUGCAACCCAGUCAAGAAAUUCAAUUUGCACAACUAUCAGUGACGACAUGGGUCCUGAUGAAGUCGCCGCAGCUUCAGGUUUACUUUCGUCCAGAAGAAAAUCACGACUGCCAUUGCUGCGUCUUCAUAUGCCUCAGCCGCAUUCUUGGUCAAAUUUCAUAUCAGGAACCGGCGAAGCCGAGGAAUUACGUUCUCAUAACAGCAAUCAUCAUCAUUAUCAUUUUCCACAUAUUCCUGUACCGACAAUCACAUUCACCGGCGACGGACCCGGUCGCAAGUUCAGCAUCGGCAUUAGACGUCACUCGCAGACGACUCUCCACCGGUCGGACUCGAUGGUGUCGCUGUGCUACCGGCCCCUUGCCACUUACAUCACCGAGGACAACCUCAUCGCUCUUAGAAACUUUCUUGAGAAUAAAAGAGUGCCCAUUGAUGACCGUGAUGAGAAUGGCAGUACAGCUCUCAUCCUCUCAGCGUCGAAAGGUAAAAUCCAAUUCGUCCGCGAGCUCAUCAAUCAUGGGGCGGAUGUCAAUGCCGAAGAUGCCGACAACUGGACAGCACUUUUGUGCGCAGCGAAAGAAGGACAUACGGACGUGUGCUUGGAACUGCUGGAGCAUGGAGCGGAUCUCGAGCACAGAGACUUGGGAGGGUGGACCGCUCUCAUGUGGGCUUCAUACAAAGGCCACACGUCCACGGUAACGUUGCUCCUAACACGGGGUGCUGAUGUAAAUGCUCACGGAAAUUAUCACAUAUCAUCAUUGCUGUGGGCAGCAGGACGAGGACACACUGAAAUAGUCAAGGAGCUUAUUGUCAACGGUGCUAAAGUUAACGUCGGUGAUAAGUACGGGACAACUGCGCUGAUUUGGGCAGCGAGAAAAGGCAGCCUUGAAAUAGUCGACACUCUGUUGAGAGCUGGAGCAAAUGUUGAUACAGCUGGUAUGUAUUCAUGGACGGCACUCAUUGUCGCAGCUAUCGGCAAUUAUGUUGAUGUGAUCACGCUGCUGUUGGAGUACAAACCGAAUGUAAAUGCACUUGAUAAAGACGGGUACACAGCACUAGCAAUAGCCUCUCGCGAAGGUUAUCACGAGAUAGUCUCCGCUCUGCUCAAUGCCGGUGCGUACAUUAAUAUCCAAGACCGUGCUGGCGACACAAAUUUAAUUCACGCUGUUAAAAAUGGCCAUCGUAAUGUCGUCGAUGCGCUUUUAAAAAAACACGUUGACGUAAAUAUUGCUGGUAAAGAUAGAAAGACUGCUACGUACAUUGCCGUGGAAAAAGGUAAUAUAUCGAUAUUAAAAUUACUAUUACAAGCAAAUCCUGAUCUCGAAAUAGCAACAAAAGAUGGUGACACGCCGUUAUUACGCGCUGUAAGAUCACGUAAUGGUGAUAUAGUCCAAUUAUUAUUAGAUAAAAAUGCCAAAGUUCAUGCUACGGAUAAUAAAGGAGACACGGUGCUGCAUAUUGCAAUGCGAGCCCGUUCAAAAGCAAUUGUUGAAAUACUUUUAAGGAAUCCAAAAAAUAGCCAGCUGCUCUAUCGUCCCAAUAGACAAGGCGAGACGCCUUAUAAUAUUGACUUGAAGCAUCCAAAGACUAUUUUAGGGCAAGUUUUCGGCGCCCGUCGGCUCAACACUAAUGAGGACAACGAAAAUAUGCUCGGAUACGACUUAUACAGCAGUGCUCUGGCAGAUAUUCUCAGCGAGCCCUCUCUCUCGACACCGAUCACCGUAGGGCUGUACGCGAAAUGGGGAUCAGGAAAGUCUUUUUUGCUAAACAAGUUACGCGAAGAGAUGAAAAACUUUGCCAAGCAGUGGAUCGAUCCUGCGUUCCAAUUCUCAACACUGCUAUUAAUCGUCACAAUUCAUGUCUCUGUACUCGUUGGAGUUACUGUAGGCUUAGCUUUGAUGUCGUGGAUCAUCGGUAUUAUAGUGGGCGUAUCGACACUUACUCUAGUUUACACAGUGCUGGGACUCACGUGGUACUCAAACAAUCAUUACGAUUGGCGUUGGCCGUAUAAGUUCAACGUUGGUUUGACGACCAAGCUCAAUUCGUUAAGACUAUUGCUCCAAGUAAUAUUUUGUCAUCCUCCUGGUAGCCAGACAAAUGAUGGCCUAACAAUACAGCCAAUUAAAUUUUAUUUCACUGAUCAAACACGAGUGGGAACAACAGCUGCCGGCGAGAAUGCCGUUGUACAAAUGGUUGGUUCACUGUAUGAUUCUAUUGAAAAUGACUUUGGAUCACUUGUUACUCGGCUGUAUCGAGCCUUCAGACCUAAGCCAGUUAAAUCAACCAGCAAUUGGAGGUGGAGGCAUCUGUGCUGCUUACCCUACAUUGUUAUAUUUGAAUUCUGCUUCUUCAGCCUCGUCGUUGGGGUCUCAGUAGUCACCAUAUACUUUGUCGAUAGUUACAAUAAUAUCGAAACUAUAAAACCAUUCACAGCCCACAUUAUUAUGAUAACUGUGGCGCUGCUACUAGCCUUCAAUGUCAUUGCCAAUUUGUACACAUGGAGCCGAACAUUCAGGGCAUUGAUAUUCUCGCAAAGACGACAUUUGCAAAGGAGUAUCGCCAAGUUGGACACACUAAAGAGCGAAGGAUUUAUACAGACGCUGAAGUACGAAGUUACUUUGAUGAUUGAAAUGGUCAAGUGCCUGGAUAGUUUUACCGCUCAACAAAGUAGACUCGUAUUAAUAGUUGAUGGACUAGACAGCUGCGAGCAAGACAAAGUGCUGCUCGUUCUUGACGCAAUGCAAGCACUUUUUCUCGACAACGGCUGCCCGUUUAUUAUAAUCCUCGCGAUAGACCCCCACAUUAUUUCAAAAGCCGUGGAAGUUAACAGCCGGCGACUGUUUACCGAAUCUAAUAUCGGAGGUCAUGAUUAUUUACGGAAUAUGGUCCAUGUGCCUUUCUAUCUACAGAACAGCGGACUGCGUAAGGUCAAAAUUGCACAACAGACUGCGCAGCUUUACAAAAAGGGGACCUGGUAUGAGACCGAGGAGAGCGUUAAUUACGCGACCACAAGUUCGAUACAUCAUCCGGUAUCAAACAGACGUCUGAGCACCGAGUCAAGUGUCAUGAAUAGCAAUGAAAAAUUAAAACCACCGAGUCGUAAAGGCAGCAGAAAAAUGAGACUGAGCGAGUCAAUUGCCAGCAGCAUCGGCAGCAACUUGAAUCGUUUGGGUGGCGCCCAAGAUUUAAACAAAAUGCUGCUUACUGAUGAUUACUUCAGUGACGUUAACCCGCGUAGUAUGAGACGUCUGAUGAAUGUUGUCUAUGUUACAGGAAGAUUAUUGAAAGCAUUCCAAAUUGAUUUCAACUGGUAUCAUUUAGCCAGCUGGAUCAAUAUUACCGAACAAUGGCCUUUCCGCACAUCCUGGAUUAUUCAUCAUUAUGACAAAGGUGACGAGUGUGAUGACACAACGCCUCUGAAAGUUGUAUAUGAUAAAGUGCGGCCGCAAAUACCAACGCUGAAAGAAGUUCAACCGCUUCUGGAAAUAGACAGAGAUGAGCGUAAACUCGACGCAUUUCUUGGCGUUCAUCGUAACGAUCUCCUUGUCAGUGACAUGAAAAUAUUCCUGCCGUUUACGAUAAAUCUUGAUCCGUAUAUUAAGAAAAAAAUAAAAGAAGAACAGCAGAGCAUGGAGGAUGACGGAAGUAUGGCGAUGUACAAAAAUCCGUGGCAGAAAAGUGUCAUAGAACCGCCCUGGGGAAAUAGGACUAAUUUAUCUAAUCGUCAUGCUAAGCUCACUAAGACCCCAAGCUUACAGGGAUCAGUGUAUCCUCCUCCAGCUCCUAUAAUACCCUGGCAAGUUCCUACGAUGGCUUAUGACUGGACUCAAACCCCCUGGAUGUCGAUGCCGCCGGUCGAGCUGAUAAAUAAAUCAUUAUCUGCUACUACAACUUUGCCCACGGACAUUCUUGAGUUAAAAUUAUCGAGUUUGUCUGUUAAUAGUGUUUGUGAUCUCUUGUCUAAAGUUGAUGAACUAAAUCCAAAUAAUAUUGAGUCUUAUAAAAAUAUUGUUAGAGAAAAUAAUAUCACGGGCAAAGUUUUGUUGCACUGUGAUUUGGCUGAAUUGAAGGAGGUACUCAAAAUGACAUUCGGUGAUUGGGAAUUAUUCCGUAUGGUAAUUGUGUCAUUACGCGAGCAAGAACGAACGUCAUUUACAACCUGUGAAGAAGGUCCGCGUAGUGUCCGUUUUACAGUCCAGCCGGAAAUAAAUCGCAAAGAUGUCAGAGAAACUCAAGUUAAUAACCCGAGAGUUCUCACGCAUGUAGAUAAAGAAAAAUCUAUCAGCCGAACAGAUGGACCACCAAGACGCGAUUCUACAAAACACUCGAUUAUGGAAAAGCAGGUGACUCUAGAAGAGCAGAUGAUUUGCGGAGCCCUUCAAACUUUGAAUGAAGAAGCGUGUGAGGAUGUACUGAACGUACCAUCGCCCAGCGUAGUGCCACCACCAGACUCACUUCCAGGUGGGCGAGCACGGUCAGUCAGUGUCACCACAGCCCCCGACACAGACUACGUCCUGCUGCAACCGUCUCCUAUUUACCACUGGGUCCCCGUACCCGACGAGCCCGAAAGCUCAGACGACAGUUCUCAGGGUUCGACGACCCAAUUGCAUCGAUCAAGUUCACAGCGAAGUGUCACCUCUCAACGAAGCACCAGGUCAACUUAUUCUUACAACAAUCGCGUGAAGAAGAAGCCACCAACCAGCACUGCCGCCCGUCCAACUUCACUGCGAAUUUCACCGACAGCCUCACCGCGACCUGCUUAUCGCUCAAAGUCCACUGACGAGUAUCCCACCAAGAAUGAGGUCCCAGCCAAACAAAUUCCGUCAUCCGCGCUGCUGGGAAACAAUCUCCGACACUCGACACCCACAAUAACCGAUGAAAUAAAAAUAAUAGUACCGACUGUUCCGACAAAUUUAGAUAAAUUAACAAAACUAAAGGAUCGAUUGAUUGGCACAUCAUCUAGCCCGUCACUGCACGCAUGUGAAAGCGACGAUGAGUCGACACCUCUGGUGUCGGAACUUUCUACACCCUCGCACACACAGUCCGACAGUGUUUUCACCCACGCGUUGAGUCCUGAGAGUGACCAGUCGCCUCUUUCUAUGAAAAGUCUCCCGCAAACUGGAGAACAUGCUAUUGACAUCCAGUACUGCGAUUCUAUGAGUCUUGUUAUCCAUGAGUCAGCAGACGCUAGAUCUUUGUCACGACAAAAUGCCGAAGAGUGGGACAGUCCAGAGACACCGGUGUAACACCAGUACAAUAAUUUUAUUUUUAAAAUUUAUUUUUUACAUCAAUACGUUUGUUAAUAUCAUAAGAAUCCAAACUACUGCGCAUAAAAGUAUUUAAAGGCUUUCAAAAUUAUACUGGUGAUAAGAAUAAGAUAAGAAACAAUAAAUCAAUGUGCUAAGGGAUUAACUAAUAAAAUACCUUGAGCAAUGCACACUGAUAAUAAGCACAUGACGCGUUGAUAAUUACAUUUUUUUUAUUUUACUUUAAGUAUAUAGUUUACUUACACGCUAAUUACUUCAUGAGUUUGAAUGUAGCAGAACGUCAGACAAAUUUAAAAUUAUCCCUGUUGAAAAAAAAUAAUUUGGAAUGAUUCAAAACAAUUUGAAUCGACUAAUAUAUAGAUGUACACUUAACAUGGAGCAAAUCAUUUUUCUUAAUCAGGGAUAAAUAAACUGAGUAAAUAAUU